UCUAUUUAUACGUAAUUUUAAUAACACCCCGGAACGUUGUUCAGCACUGCGGCCAAGGAGCCGCCAGAACGCAGUUGUGAGCUCCAGAUGACUUGUGAUGUUGUCUAACACUACGUAUUAAAAUUUAUCGUUGGAAAACAUGCGCUGCUAUUACGAGGAGCUGGGGCUCCAAAGGGACGCCAACGAUGGCGAAAUCAAGACUGCCUAUCGCAAGCUGGCCCUGCGCUGGCACCCCGACAAAAACCCGGACAGUUUGGAGGAGGCCAAGGAACGAUUUCAGCUGCUCCAGCAGGCCUACGAGGUGCUAUCGGACCCUCAGGAGCGCUCCUGGUACGACAACCAUCGCGAGCAGAUUCUGCGGGGCAAGAACUCGGAGUACGCAGAGAACUGCCUGGACGUGUUCCAGUACUUCACCAGCAGCUGCUACAAAGGGUUCGGCGACGACCCGCAAGGCUUUUACCGCGUCUACGGUGACGUCUUUGUCCAGAUCGGUUCGGAGGACAUCGAGUUCAUGGACGGUGACGACCACCUUAGCCUAGCGCCCGAGUUUGGUAACGCGGAUAGCAGCUACGAGGAUGUUGUGGGUCCCUUCUACGCCUUCUGGCAGGCAUAUAGCACCAAGAAGACUUACGAGUGGCUCUGCCCUUACGACGUCCGUGAGAUCAAGGAGCGCUUCAUUCUGCGCAAGGUGGAGAAAGAGAUGAAGAAGAUCGUUCAGGCAGCCCGCAAGGAACGGAACGAGGAGGUGCGCAACCUGGUAAACUUUGUUCGCAAGCGGGAUCGCCGAGUGCAGGCCUACAGGCGCGUGCUGGAGGAGAGAGCCGAGGCCAAUCGCCUCAAACAGGAGGAGAAGCGCAGGGAGCAGCUGCGGAAGCGGCAGGAGGAACUGGCGGCCGCCAGGGAGAACAAGGUUUUCAACGAGGGAUACGAGGAGCAGCUGAAGCAGUUGGCACAGCAGUAUGGCAGUGAUUCGGACGAGUACACGGAUGACGAUGACGAAGACAACAAUGAAGGCGCUGUGGACUCUGAGGACGAGAGCGAUACAGAUCUGGAGGUGGAGUACGUAGAUGACCUCUAUUGCGUAGCGUGCAACAAGACAUUUAAAAACGCGAAAGCGAGAACCAAUCACGAGGAGAGCAAGAAGCACCGGGACAACGUGGAAAGGCUGCGUCAGGAAAUGGAGGCCGAAGAGGAGGCCUUCAACGGUGACGCCUCCCACGAAGACAGUUUAAACGGAUUGGAAGAUGCUCUGGACCAAGCAGAGAUUGCUAAUGACCAGUUAUCCGGUAACGAGGCGCUUAGCGAAGAAGAAACCACGCAAACAAAGCGCAGCAAAAAGAAUAAAAAAUCAAAGAAGACAGCUGCCAAGCAAGUGCUGGAGGAAGCAAGCGAUGGUCCAGACGAGCCCAUAGACCUGAAGGCCACGACGAAGAGCGAAUCCGAAGACGACGACUGGAGCAGAGGCAAAAAAGCAGCCAAAAAAAGCAAAAGCAAAAAGACAACGCCAACGAACAAGGCGAAAACCGUAGAGCCAAGAGCUCCAGAAACAGAACCCAAGGAGGCCAGGGCGGCAGCUGCAAACGCUGCCAAGGGUGGAGAUGAGGAUCUCGAAGCGACAGCGCCGCAACACACCUGUGUUACCUGCCGGCUCGUCUUCGACUCGAAGAACAAGCUAUUUGCUCACUUGAAGAAGACGAAUCACGGCGUCUACAUACCGAAGGCCAAGCCAGAUGUCGAGGGCAAGCCUCCCGGCAAGGCCAAGGGCAGGCGUAACAAGUAAUUCUGGAGGGAAACCUAUCCUCGUAUCCUUACUGUAGAAAAGUUAGACGUUUAUUUAUGCUAAUGUUAAAGAUAAUUCAAGAAUGAAGUUAAGUAUGCUCGCUCUCAGCAA